GGAGCAGCGCCAAGCUGGAACGUAACCCCGCACUCGCCAUCCCUGGUGGUGGUGACAGCUGCAGGCCUUCGUGACGCCUGUUGAGCCAGAUUAAGAGGUGGCCUGGCCUGGCCUUUGCCCCUUCUCUGCCGCUGCGCCUGCAGCGUGAAGGCCCGAGAGACUGGCGGCAACCCGGGCAGCGGGGAGGCGGCCUGAACCCGGCCUGAGGAGGCUCCGCUCCGGGCAGGGAGGUGGAGGAGGACGAGCAGCUUUUCCCAACGAGAAGCUGGACGCGACCAGUGCAGGUAUUUGAGAGAUUAUGGCAUCUGAAGCCCACAAUGUUAGAAAACAGAAAGUAUUGCAUAUUGAAGGUUGUCCUAUUGAUCUCCCCAGAAAAAGAAUCUCUUCUUCCACUAAAAAGAUCAUGAAGGAGGGUAAGAAAUCUCCAAAACAGCUGGCUUCAUACACAAACAGAAUAACAGUUGGAAAAACGGUGACCAGUCCCCUCUCUCUCUUCAAAGUAGUAUAUUGUAAAAGAAAAGUUCAUUGUUAUAGUCCAAAGCCCUGUUACAGAAAGAAACAGCUCCCUAAAUCUAGGGGCUGUGACAUGGCAAAUAAAGAAAAUGAACUGGCUUGUGCAGGGAAUCUGCCAGCAAAACUGCACAUAGACAGUCGUACACGCUUGCUGAAUUCUAGUGACUCUGGCUCAUCUCAAACAGAAGGCCCCUCAUCCAAAUAUAGUGGAUUUUUUUCAGAGAUUUCUCAGGACCAUGAAACCAUGACUCAAGUUCUUUUCAGCAGGAAUCUAAGGUUGAAUGUAGCUUUAACCUUUUGGAGAAGGAGAAGUAUAAGUGAACUGGUAGCCUACUUAUUGAGGAUACAGGAUCUUGGAGUACUAGUAGAUUGCCUUCCUGUGCUUACAAACAGUUUACAGGAAGAAAAACCAUAUAUUUCAGCUGGCUGCUGUGUAGAUCUUUUGCCUUUAGUGAAAUCACUGCUUAACAGCAAAUAUGAAGAAUAUGUGAUAGUUGGUUUAAACUGGCUUCAAGCUGUCAUUAAAAGAUGGUCGUCAGAACUACCUGUACAUACCGAAAAGGCAGAGGAUGGAAAUAUUCAUAUUUUAAAAAACCAAUUAAGUGGAUUAUGGGAACAGAUGAAUCAUCUUACUCUGGUUCCAGGAUAUACUGGUAAUAUAGCUAAGGAUGUAAAUGCUUAUUUAUUACAGCUACACUGACAUGCUUGGGAAGCUAUGUGUGCUGAUGUGGUGAAACAGUCCUCUAAAGUAUCCCUGAAAUAUGUACCUGAAAGCCUUUUGAGAAAUACUGGCAGAAGAGAACUGAACUGUCAAGCUGUGUGAUGAAACCACUAAUAAAAUCCUAACAAUCUACUUCACAUUGAAGUGGAAAAAUGUCUAAUAGGAGCAACUUUUACUUCAGUGAGGUGAAAGUGCACUAUGAAAACUGUAUGCCUUUGCUGCAUUUGGGAUUCACUCAGUUACUAGGUAUUCAUUUAAAUGCUACUGUAUUUUACUACAACAUCGCAUAAAAGAAGAUGGAUUAUACUGUCAUGAAGACAAGACAGCAGAACCAGUUGUAAGGAACCAACAAAAGCAAUUGGCAUUAAGAGGUUUUAAAUGUUUCUUUCACAAAAGAACUCCAAAAUGCACAACUAUCUUCCAGUUGCAUUAAGAAAAACUUUGAGGUAUUCAGUUACUUCUAUGUUUUAAUCAAAUUAUUAAAGACAGUUUUUGUUUGCACUAUACAGCAAAGAUGCCUUAAUUACUAGUGUUUCAAAAAGCCAACGUGUUUAAGAUGCAAGUAGCUAUUAUGUUCAGAUUGCGAUGAAAAACUACAAAAGUCAGGGUUUCACAUUGUGUAGUUAAUGAAACAUUGCACAUAUACAAAAAUUCAUGUAUGAAAAAUAUUAUAAAUACCUGAAGUUAAGCUUGGAUAAAGAGUUAUUGCAAAUGUCAGCAGAAUGGUGAAUCUAUGUCUAACGAAUGUUUUUAUAUUGUAUGUGGAUUUCUAACACGAUAAUCUUGUUCUGUAUCACUUAAACUACAUGCAGAUAAGUAAAUAUAUUAAAUGUAUCUACGUUUUUUCUUUUCAAGUUCAUAAAAACAAUUUCUAUAAUAAUCUCUUCCACAGUACUUUUUAUCGUAGAUAUUUAUGUCUAUUGUUUGAAAUGUUUACAGCCAGAUGAGGCCAUGUUAUUCAAAUCGUACCCUUUUUGUACUACCUCCUUUUAGAAACUGACAAAGAGCUUUUGCAAAAAUAAUCAAGUUCUAGCCUGAUCAAUGAUGGCAAAUUCAUACCAACAAUAGCAUUGAAAAUACAGCUAUAAAGUCUUUUACUGUCCUAUUGCUAUCCUAUACUAUUUUAAUUUAAAAGCUAUGGCUUAAUAGCUCUGAGGUAGUCUUGAUUUUAGGCUUGCUAUUGCCUUUUUUUAUUUUGUGAUUAGGAAGUGUGCUUUUCCAAUUGAAACUUUAAAGUGCCAGCUGUUCACUUAAAACAUAAAUGCACAGUAUGUAUCACCAAAUAGUCUACUUCCUUAAAAAAACUAAGUACUUACAAGCAUUGCUUUCAUACCUAGCAUUAAGCAGAUGCACUUUUAUUGACAUGCAGGAGAAAAGUCUUUUGAUAGCCCCAAGUGGUUUUUGCUUUACAGGUGAAAUAAAUGAAUUUUAAACUCUUGUAGUGGUCAACAAUGUCAGGCCUCCUGUUGCUUCAUUUUGUAUUUAAUUUACGUAUCAUUAUUGCUGACUUGUGAUGACAGACUUCUAGUUAGCUUUCAGAACUUGGUGCUUUUGAUUAUUUGACUAUUCUUUAAACCACCAAAGGUUUUGUGCUUCCCAGGGCAGUCAGCUACAGGGAAUAGUUUCUGGGACAUCCCAAAACUGAGAACUGUGGGACAAUCUUGAGAUAUGCACAAAGACAAAUUCUUUUUGCUGGAAUUGUUAUGUACCAUUAGAGAGAUUUCACACUCAAAAGAGUUUGACAUAGAACUCACUACUUUUCAGAUGUUCUUGCUGUCAAUUAAAAAUUCAAAGGAACUACAGUAUGAUGAUGUUAUUUUAUUACUUUACUGUUUUGUUGAGCACUUAAAUGUAAAAGUAACAUAAUGACUAGCUUCGUAACUUGGGUAGCAAUUGCUGAACCUCUUAGAUUAUUCCUCAAGGAGAAUACUGUAAAGGUGAUGGAAACUCAGAUCUUAUUUUCUUGGGGGGUUUUUUGAAUAGACAAAAGUAACUCAUGGCCAUUUAUUUCUGAUAAUAUAAAAAGUAAUCAUUGUAAUUCAUUAAAGUUAAAUACUCUGGUCAAAAAUCCAACUUGACUCUAGAUGUAAAUACAUGGGCUGAUAAUGAAUUCUGCAUGUGGCCAUGGAUCUACCAAAUCCUAACUGUGGAUGGUGCUUGUGUUCUAGUGGCAAGGCAAGAUUGACUGGAGGAUCAUUAUUGGGGAAGUUCUAAUAAAAUAAUGCAUUGUUUUUAACUGCCAAAAGUUGUAUUUUGACAGCAUCAAUAAUACAGUAUUAAACAUUGUCAUUAGUAUCUGUGCCUUAUUUUAAAUUAUUUUUUUUUACUGUUUCUAGGCAGCUACUAGACUGUUAGAACAGGAUUCUGGUCUCCCUUAUGAAAUUAUUUUUCUGUCAUCUUAAAGAACUUAUUUAAACUAUUCAUGCUGACAUUCAGGCUCAGCUUGUUAUAUGCUCUUUAGUUCAUGAAUGGCUAGGAAUCAUUUUUGCUGUAGUAGAAUGGGUAUGUAUGAUACCUGCUCAAAGUGUCAUGAGUAAAAUGUCUUAAAAGCUAUGUAACUCCAUUAAAUCCAUGUAGUUGUAUCAGUGAAUCUAAGAAUUAGCUUUAUGAACAAUCGUGCAUAAAUGCUACUCUUCAUGUGAUACUUUCUGAAAGUGCGCUUUCUAGGAUGUGUCAGAAGAUCCAUGGAGAAUUAAUCCUUUAUGUUUUUGUGAUGCAGAAGCAUGUACGUACUUGAGGACGAAAGAUGCCUCCACAAAGCUGUUCUUCAUGUUAUACCACUUAAUAUGAAAUUAAUGUCUUUGAAAAACAGUAUGUCUUUUGCCUCAAUGUUCUGUGAGAGUACUUGAGGCUGUUUUGCUGAAAGGGUUUUUAUUUACCUAUUUACCCUAAACUGAAAUUAAAGAUGCUUCUUGGCAAACUGCCUCUUUCUGCAGAGCUAAAAAACCCAAACCAAACAUUCUGUGAAUGUAACAAUCAAAGUUUAGGUAUUGUUGAUAGCUUGCUGAAGAGUGGAGAUGGAAAAAGCUACCCCAUUAAUUAGCUGGGUAAAAUAAAGAAGCUAGCAUGUCUUAAUGAUUACGUGUAGCUCUGUUUUGAAGGAGUUACACCUGUUUCUUAGUAAAGAGUAGUCAGCAGUGGAACACCCUGGUAUCACAGGUACUGCAGUUCCAGGCUACUUAAUGGUGCUUACAAAUUGUUAUUGAUAUUACAAAAAAAAUUAGCAUCAGCCCUACAGAGUCUUAUCUUCUGCAGUGAGAUAUAAUUUAAAUGAUCUUUCCAUUUCUGUAGGCUGUCUUAUUGUUAUCAGAGGCCACAGCUUUAACACUUGGGGUGCAGGAGGGAUGGGAGAAUGGGAAAGGACAAAAAGAGUUCUUGUGCACUAUGUUGAACGACAUCAGUCCUGCUGCAUCAUACCAUAUGUAUCUUAAAGCAGGCUGUAUUUUCAUUUUCUGGUAUCCGAAGUAGGAAAACUUUGGAGUUAUGGGUCCUUAGUGAAUUUUGCAUCGAAGAGAGAAAUGUUUUGAAGACAGAUGCUACAGUGCUGACUUGUGAUGUGUUUUGGAGGGUUUUUUUUCUUGAAAGGGUGGACGUUUUUGUGUAUAGAAACUUGAAAGCAUCUUGUGCAAAGCUUACUUUUUUGAAAGGAGGAAGUUAGUUGUAUUUGUCAGUGCAUCGUGCCAAAUCUUCCAGUUUUACAGAAGACUGAAUGUCUGUCUGAGUGUAGAGACUUGCAGCUAUAUUUUGUGCCCAGUUCUCUGGUACAAAGGGAAACAGGUGGUUCAUAGUCAACUACUUCAGAAUACAAAACUAUGCAAAUCGUGCUACUGGUGUGAAGUUAUUCCAGCUUUUGUACAAUGCAAAUUCUUUAGUUUAUGAAAGCAGUUGGUUCUUGUGUGACGAACUUUAUAUUGAACUGAUGAAGCCGUUCUUAAUAGCCUUGGUAAAAGCCAGACAGGGUAGCUUAAUUUUUGUCUUCAGUCUACUUUCUUACACACAGUAAUCAUUGUAGGCUACAGAUAAAGAUUCACCGAGAGGAUAGAUUGAGCAUACUUGUGUUGUUAGUGCUUAUAUUAUACUUCAUUAAAUAAUUUUUUAUUCCAUGUUAGUUAAAUGGCUUUGCUGUCUUAGAAUGAGACUAAAUGCAAGUAUUUCUUUUUUCCCCCAUACACACCUCCGUUCAUUCUUCAGCACUUAAUGAUGUUAUUUCUUCCUCUUUGAGUUUAAAUAUACUGUGUCUAUUGUUAGAAGCAGGGAGGGGAGGAUGAAAAUUCUAGAUAAAACACAGGGCUACCUACUUAACACUAUUCAUUUUGAAGUAAUUGUGAAAAUUUUCCCUCUUUAAAACUUUUCACACAAAUUUUGUUAAUACCUAUUAAUUGAAGUGGGUACUCAUGGGUACAAGGUUGAGUUUGAACAUGGUUGAAAAAAAAUAAAGUGUUUUCACUCUUAAACCAUAGCUGCAGUAUUUCUUCUGUUCUUUUUUUUUUUUUCCAUUGAGUACUAAGCUGGACUGAUACCUGCCAUAUAGGAGGCAAGAGGUGUAGCACUGUCCCUUAAUGCGACAGAAUAGAAAUAAUUACCCACGAUUCUACAGUUGCAAACCUAGAAUGUUUUUGUUUCCAUACUGGCUGGAGUUUUGUAGUAUAUCUCUUUAUGUAGACUGUAGCUGCUGAUCAUAUUGCUGUAAAAUGAGGUCUUCCACUUUCAGGUUGAAUGUGGUAUGUAGUUGUUUCCAGUUCAUACAGAUCACUGCUUCAAUUAGUCAGUCAUUGGAGCACCGUAGCACGUAAACAACAAA